AUGGUAGGAAACGGGAGCUGGAGCUGUAGCAGUACGUUUCAAUACCUGUUAGCUCCCAUCUACGGUAUGGAGAUGUGUGUGGCGCUGGUGGGGAACAUACUGGCCCUGUGGCUGCUUGUGACUAAGGAGAAGAAGAACUGGCACAUGGGAGUGGUGUUCUCCUGCAACCUGGUCAUCAGUGACAUCUUUUACGCCCUCACGCUGCCCCUUCUUAUCGACAACUAUUCAAGAAGUCGACAGUGGAUAUUUGGUGAUGCUGUCUGCAAAAUAGAGAUCUUUCUCUUCACCUGUAACCUCUACGUCAGCAUUUACUUCAUCAUGUGCAUCAGUGUUCAUCGAUACCUGGCCAUCGUUCAACCAAUCUUCAUGCGCAAACACAUUCGCCCAAAACACGCCAAGAUCAUCAGUGUGUUCGUCUGGAUCUUUGUGGCAAGCAUUUCAUCUCCACUUCUCUACUUUUCAGGUGUCAACAGGGACAGAUGUUUCAUAUUUGCAAAUCUAGAUAAAAAAUCAAACCUAAAGUCUACCUACAGGGUGUUUAUGGUUGUUAUAGGCUGCUUGGUCCCAUUUGUAGUUACUUUUGCAUCAUAUUUUGGUGUAAUAAUGGCUGUUUUUAAAAAUGCAAAUAUCACCUCAGUCCAGAAGAAAAAAGUGGCUCUGAUUAUUGGAUUAGUCUGCAGCCUGUAUACUGUGUCUUUUCUCCCCUAUCACAUUCUACACAUAGUGAACUUUAAACUGAAUGAAGACAGAAAUACUUAUUGUUAUGUGCGUAAUGGAUACCAAGUGUCAAAGGCAUUAGUUUGUCUGAACAUGUGCCUCAAUCCCAUCCUGUAUAUGGCUGUGUCUGACAGUAUCAGGGUAGUGUGCUGUAGAAGAAGCUCAAAUGAAUAAAACUUACAAAUCACAGUUGGAGAACACUCGUCAAAGAACCGUGAAUUGAAAUCCAGAAACUGAGAUUGCAAACCAUUUUCUUUUCCUUCAAACAUUUGUGUUGAUUUGGAUGUAUGUUUGGGGUCAUUGUCAUAUUGAAAGAUUCAUCUAUGGCCAAAUUUUACCCUAUGGAAGAGGCAGCCAUGUUUUGGGCUAAUAAUGUUACUGUAGUUAAUAAAACUGAUAAUACACUCAACAUCGACAAGUUGUUAAACAGCCCCAAAAGAUUGAUGUUGCGACUCUAUAUUUUAUUUUACAGUGGGUUUGGGGGAUUGUGCUUGUAUGCAAUUGAUAUUGUCACCAAACCUUUAUUUUGGUCUAAUCUAAACUGA